AUGAAGCUCAACGUGUCGUGGGCUUUUACAUUUAUUUUAUCGCUACGUAUCUGUAAAGCCGUGGAUUUGGAUGUAGAUGACCUGAAAUCUUUACAAAAUGCUACAUCAUUGAUCGCUUAUGGUUUAAUGGAUUAUUACAAUGGUUUACAAUAUGGAGAAACUAUCGGAAUGUUCUCAGACCCUUACUAUUGGUGGGAAGCCGGUGGAGCUUGGGGUUCGAUGUUGGAUUACUGGUUUUAUAUGGAAAAUGACACUUACAAUGACAUUGUGAAGCAAGCCCUAGUAUACCAAACAGGGGACAACAGAGAUUACAUUCCCUUGAAUCAAUCCACUACGGAAGGUAAUGAUGAUCAAGCUUUUUGGGGACUUGCUGUUAUGGCUGCUGCAGAGAGAAACUUCAGCAACCCUUCGGCAGAAGAACCUCAGUGGUUAUACUUAGCCCAAGCCGUUUUCAAUACCAUGGCAUUACGUUGGGAUGCUGAUAGCUGUGGUGGUGGUUUAAGAUGGCAGAUUUUCACCUGGAAUUCUGGUUACGAUUAUAAAAACUCGGUAUCAAAUGGUGCUCUUUUCCAUUUGGCGGCAAGACUAGCGCGCUACACAGGCAACGAUACCUACGUCGACUGGGCCGAAAAGGUCUUCGAUUGGAUGAAAGGUGUUGGUUUGAUUACUGAAGGCCAGUGGAGUUUUGUUUAUGACGGUGCAUCGAUUGAGAACAACUGUAGCGACGUAAUCAAGCUGCAAUGGACUUAUAACCAAGGAUUACUAAUGGCAGGAUCCGCUUAUCUUUACAAUAUGACUGGAUCAGAAACUUGGCACACAAGGACAAAAGAAUUUUGGAACUCUUCUGUUAUUUUUUUCAACAAUAGCAUCUUGUAUGAAGCUGCUUGUCAGGCUUCCUAUACCUGUAACACAGAUCAGCGCUCUUUUAAAGCGUAUUUCUCACGUUUCAUGGGGUUGACUGCUCAGCUUGUACCUGAAUUGAGUAGCCAUAUCAUAUCCUACUUACGUGCUUCAGCUGAAGGUGCUGCAAAAUCAUGUACGGGUGGUUACGAUGGUCACACCUGCGGUAUCAAUUGGUUUCUGGGCUCUUGGGAUGGUUAUUACGGUUUGGGUGAACAGAUGGCUGCUCUAGAAGUUAUGCAGAAUUUGCGUUGUUUAGAAAGACCAGCUCCUCUCACUUCAACAACUGGUGGAACAUCCCAGGGAGAUGGUGCCGCAGGCACUGAAACGCAGGCUACUAACUUGAGCCCCUUAAAUAUUACCGCAGGGUCUCGUGCAGCUGCUGGUAUCAUUACUGCAGUUAUUGGAAUAUCUAUUGUGGCAUGCACUAUUUGGUUGGUUUUAUGA